AAUGGUCCUUAUUAUCCAUUCUUCCAAUCUCUCUCUCUCUCCCUCCUCUCUCUGUAGUUUCAGAUAUUUUCACUCGGAAGAAAAAUGGCGAAUCGCACAUCUGAUCUACUCGGCCGAGUCGACCCGGCUCUCCAACUCGAUGAGAACGCUUUGCUACGCUACGCCUCCGCCAACGUCGAUGGCUUCCCUCUUUCUCCCUCCACUUUCACUAUCUCGCAGUUUGGACAUGGACAAUCGAACCCUACGUAUCUUCUGGAAGCUGGCUCCGGUUCUAGGUCUUCGACCAAGCGAUACGUUCUGAGGAAGAAGCCUCCGGGAAAGUUGCUGGACUCUGCUCAUGCUGUGGAAAGAGAAUUCAAGGUUCUCCAGGCAUUGGGGGCUCACACUCAAGUUCCGGUUCCUAAAGUUUUCUGUUUGUGUACGGAUUCAAGUGUGAUUGGAACUCCUUUUUACAUCAUGGAGUAUUUGGAGGGACGCAUAUUUAUUGACCCCAGACUACCGAGUGUAGCUCCUGAGAGGAGAAGAGAAAUAUAUAGAGCAGUCGCAAAAGUUUUAGCAUCCUUACAUUGUGUGGAUGUUGAUGCCAUUGGUCUAGGAAAAUAUGGUCGUCGUCGGGACAAUUAUUGCAAACGACAGAUAGAAAGGUGGGCCAGACAAUAUAUUGCUUCGACUGGUGAGGGUAAGCCUGAGAGCAAUCCAAAGAUGUUCCAGCUGAUCGACUGGUUACGACAAAAUAUUCCUCCUGAAGAUUCUUCAGUGGCCGCAACAGGCUUAGUUCAUGGAGAUUUUCGCAUCGACAAUCUUGUUUUCCAUCCCGUUGAGGAUCGAGUGAUUGGCAUUCUUGACUGGGAAUUAUCUACUCUUGGAAACCAAAUGUGUGAUGUUGCAUACAGCUCUUUGCAUUAUGUUGUGGACCUUGCAGUUGACGAAGAUCAAAUUUCUAAAGGUAUAGAACUUACUGGGAUUCCACAAGGGAUUCCCUCACUGGCUGAAUAUUUGGCAGAGUACUGCUCUUCAGCUCAAAAACUGUGGCCUGCAGCCGUGUGGAAGUUCUAUGUUGCCUUUUCUAUGUUUCGUGGAGCGUCAAUCUUUGCAGGAAUAUACAGUAGAUGGAUCAUGAAGGGUAAUGCUUCAGCAGGUGAGCGUGCCCGACAUUCAGGGGACAAAGCUAAUGCUCUCAUAGAGUCUGCAUGGGAAUUUAUUAACCGGGAAUAUGUGCUUCCUGAUAAUCCUCCAUCAGGUGCUUUUUCUACACGAGACGAAGCAUUUUCAGGAACAGCGAGGUUUGUUCCGAGUAAAAAAGUUUUGGAAUUAAGAAACAAGUUGAUUAAGUUCAUGGAAAACCACAUAUACCCCAUGGAAAAUGAGUUCUACAAACUUGCUCAAUCUCCUUCACGUUGGACUGUUCAUCCAGAGGAAGAGAGACUAAAGGAGCUAGCAAAGAAAGAAGGGCUUUGGAACUUAUGGAUACCUUUUGAUAGUGCAGAAAGGGCAAGAAAAUUAAUUUUCAAUGGAAGCAAUUAUCCUGCCUCUGAUGAUACGAGCAAUCAGUUACUGGGAGCAGGCCUCUCAAACCUUGAAUAUGGAUACCUCUGUGAGAUCAUGGGCCGUUCUGUUUGGGCACCACAAAUUUUCAAUUGCGGUGCACCUGACACAGGAAACAUGGAGGUAUUAUUGCGCUAUGGGAAUAAAGAACAACUACUUGAAUGGCUAAUUCCUUUGCUUGAGGGGAAAAUCCGAUCAGGAUUUGCAAUGACAGAACCAAAAGUUGCGUCUUCCGAUGCAACCAAUAUUGAGUGUUCUAUUAGAAGACAAGGAGAUUCAUAUGUCAUCAAUGGAACAAAAUGGUGGACAAGUGGUGCUAUGGAUCCAAGAUGCAGAAUUCUUAUAGUUAUGGGAAAGACGGACUUCAAUGCUGCUAAACAUAAGCAACAAUCUAUGAUCUUAGUGGAUAUUCAAACUCCUGGUGUACAUAUAAAGAGACCACUCAUGGUUUUUGGUUUUGAUGAUGCACCUCAUGGACAUGCAGAAGUAACGUUUGAUAAUGUGUGUGUUCCUGCAACAAAUAUUUUGUUGGGAGAAGGGCGAGGAUUUGAAAUUGCACAGGUAUGA